AUGAAAAAAGGAGGCUAAAACCUUACUUUAAGUGAAAAGGCGAUAUGUUCAUUAUCUGCUGGAUUUAUAGCUUCUAUAAUAGGGAAUCCAGCAGAUUUGGCUUUAGUGCGUUUUUAGGGAGAUACAAUAUUACCUUUUGAUUAAAGGAGAAAUUAUAAAAAUGUGUUCGAUGCCUUAUUUAGAAUAGUAAAUGAAGAGGGAAUUUUAGCACUCUGGAAAGGAUGCUCGCCUACUAUUAUGAGAGCCCUUACCAUGAAUUUGGGAAUGCUUUCAACUUUUGAUGAAGUUAAAGAAAGAAUAAAUGCUUAUACAUAAACAAAUGAUAAGGCAAUUACAAAAAUUUUCGCGUCAGCUGUUUCGGGGGUGGUGGCGGCUUUUAUGAGUUUACCUUGUGAUAAUAUUAAAACUAAAUUAUAGAGAUAAAGACCGGAUGCUAAUGGAAAUCUCAUGUAUAGAGGGUUUAGUGAUUGUUUUACUAUUAGCGUUAGAAGAGAGGGAAUAACUGGAUUGUGGGUUGGGUUCCCUACUUUUAUUGCAAGGGUAGCUCCACAUGCGGCUAUAACGUUACUUGUUUAGGAUUAUUUAACUAGUUAUUUCUUGAAAAAGGAAUAAAUGAUGAAAAAAUAGUAAUAAUAAUGA